CGAGCACGCGCUCCGACAGGACAGGACAGGACUGGACUAGAGGAGAGAGAGAGCGAGAGAGAGCGCAACGGCGGCAGAAAGCAACCAGUCAUGUAAUCAACAAAGAAAAAAUAACUUGCACAAGAAAGAAGUACUGCAGUUUUUCUACACGGUGGGCUAAUAAGGACAUAUUGGUUGUACCGAAGAUUGUCAACGCAACAGCGUGACACUGCCGGAAAGUACAUAGCUAACGUUAGCUACGCUUGGAACUCAUCGAGGAAAAAAAACAGGAGCGCACACUGACAAUAAACACACUCCCCGUCUAGUGGGCUGCCAGAGAGAAACUGACAAAAAUAAGGAAAUACAAGCGUUAUCCGUCUCCUAUUGUAGUAUUUUAGAUAAACUAGCCACUUUUCAUAUGUUUUCCUAGAACUCAGGCGGAACAAUGAAAACUUGAAACUCUUUCGACGUUGCUUACUACUAGCUAGCUAAGAGCUAGCCAGCGUAGCUUUUUAGUAGUUUGAGUACUGCGGGGAGUAGCUAGCUAGCAGUGCUGUUUUCCAAGUUUUGCUGUUCUUUGUUUUUCCCCAGGAGAGUGUCGAAAACGGGUGGGGAAGGGAGGGUUCCCUUCUUACUUUCUCCCUUUUACGUUUUUAAGCAAAAUGAUGGCGGCGGACGACGGCAGUGAGGAGACGGGUUCGGUUUCGGCGGGGACAGGACUUGCAGGCGGAGGAGGCCCCGAGACGGCCCAUUUUCCGUUCUCUACCAAGCCGAGGUUGCAGAUCAUUGAUUCCGGCCCAGGGGCAGCUCAGAACCUCCGCCACUCACCGGACACGCCGCCGGACAACACACACUCAGAGAUACUAUUGUGUUCGGUGACUGGAGGGGAUUUAGUGGGAUCAGCUCUGUCCACCACUGGGAGUGGCAAUAGUAGUGGGCACGCUGCGUUUGGGACGAGCUCUGGAACUGGGAGUGGAGCGUCCCUCUCCCCUUCGGAGGGAUUGGCCAGUUGCAUGUCGCCCACCUCCGGGAGUCCGGACGGGACUAGUGGCUUUCCCCCAUUGCCACCGCCUCCGCUGCCCUCCAUUUGCGGGACACUUGGCACGGUGGAUGAAAGCGAUGCGUUGGAUGGGCAGGAAUACGAGGAAGAGGAGGUGGCAUUCCCACUUACCGCUCCGCCUACGAAUCAGUGGUAUCACGGGAAGCUGGACCGGACGAUCGCGGAGGAGCGGCUGCGGCAGGCCAGGACGCCGGGCAGCUACCUCAUCAGGGAGAGCGACCGGCGGCCCGGCUCCUUCGUCCUGUCCUUCCUCAGCAUGACCAGCGUGGUCAACCACUUCAGGAUAAUUGCGAUGUGCGGGGACUAUUACAUUGGCGGACGGCGGUUCUCGUCCCUGUCGGACCUGAUAGGCUAUUACAGCUACGUGUCCUGUCUGCUGAAGGGGGAAAAGCUGCUGUCGCCCGUGGCUCCUCCAGAGCCCGUGGAGGACCGGCGGAGGGUUCGAGCCAUCCUCCCGUACACCAAAGUGCCAGACACUGACGAGAUCAGUUUUCUGAAAGGGGACAUGUUUAUUGUUCACAAUGAACUGGAGGAUGGAUGGAUGUGGGUAACCAAUGUGCGCACCGAGGAGCAGGGCCUGAUUGUGGAGGACCUGGUGGAGGAGGUGGGUAGAGAAGAGGAUCCACACGAGGGCAAAGUGUGGUAUCAUGGGAAGAUCAACAAACAGGAAGCGUACAACCUGCUGAUGACAGUCGGGCAAGUUAGCGGUUUUCUGGUGAGGCCGUCAGACAGCACGCCAGGGGACUACUCCCUGUUCUUCCGCACCAGCGAGAACAUCCAGCGCUUCAAAAUAUGCCCCACGUCCAACAACCAGUUCAUGAUGGGAGGGAGGUACUACAACAGUAUUGAUGACAUCAUCGACCAUUACAAAAAGGAACAAAUUGUUGAGGGGUAUAACUUGAAAGAUGCAGUAUCAGUCCAGCACCAGGAACAAGUACUGUCUGACGUGGUGGACGGAAGAGAAAUCUAUAACACUAUCCGACGUAAAACGAAAGACGCGUUCUACAAAAACAUCGUCAAAAAAGGCUACCUCCUAUUUAACAAAGGUAAAGGAAAGCGGUGGAAGAACCUGUACUUCAUCCUGGAGGGAAACGACGCGCAGCUCAUCUACUUCGAGAGCGAGAAGCGCGCCACCAAGCCCAAGGGGCUGAUCGACCUGAGCGUGUGCUCCGUGUACGGCGUCCACGACAGCAUGUUUGGCAGGCCAAACUGUUUCCAGAUUGUAGUUCAGCACUUUAGCGAGGAGCAGUACAUCUUCUACUUCGCUGGAGAGACUCCAGAACAGGCACAGGACUGGAUGAAGUGCCUGCAGACCUUCUGCAGUAAUCUGAGGAAGCCCACUCAGCCGUCCUCAAACAAGCGCCUUCGCCAGGUGAGCAGCUUAGUCCUGAACGUGGAGGAGGCCCACAAGCUCCCAGGAAAACAUUUCACCCACCCCUACUGCAACAUCUACCUGAACAGUGUGCAGGUGGCCAAGACCCACCCCAGAGAGGGCCAGAACCCCGUGUGGACAGAGGAGUUCAUUUUUGACGACCUGUCCAGUGAAAUCAACAGGUUUGAAAUCAGCCUGAGCAACAAGUCCAAGAAGAGCAAAGAGAGUGAUAUCCUGUUCAUGCGGUGUCAGCUGAACCGGCUUCAGAGGGGCCAGAUGAUUGACGAGUGGUUCCCCCUCAGCUCCCAUGUCCCCCUGAAGGGCAUCGAACCCGGCUCCCUCCGAGUCCGGGCGCGCUACUCCAUGGAGAAGAUCAUGCCAGAGGAGGAGUACAACGAAUUCAAGGAGCUGGUCCUGCUGAAGGAGUUCCACGUCAUCUACGCUCUGGCCCACGUGUGCGGGCAGGACCGCACCCUGCUGGCCAGCAUCCUGCUCAGGAUAUUCCGGCACGAGAAGAUGGAAGCGCCGCUGCUGAGGACGCUGAACGAGCGGGAGAUCAGCGUGGAGGACGAGGCGACGACGCUCUUCCGGGCCACCACCCUGGCCAGCACGCUGAUGGAGCAGUACAUGAAGGCCACGGCCACGCCCUUCGUCCACCACGCCCUCAAAGACUCCAUCCUGAAGAUCAUGGAGUGCAAGCAGUCCUGCGAGCUGAAUCCCUCCAAACUGGAGAAGAAUGAAGACGUGAGCCUGAAUCUGGCGUACCUCCUCAACAUCCUGUCCGAGCUGGUGGAGAAGAUCUUCAUGGCUGCUGAGAUCCUUCCGCCGACAUUGAGGUUCAUUUAUGGGUGUUUACAGAAGUCUGUGCAGGAGAAGUGGCCCAGAAACACCACCAUGAGGACUCGAGUCGUGAGUGGUUUUGUCUUCCUGCGUCUCAUCUGCCCUGCGAUCCUCAACCCAAGGAUGUUCAACAUAAUCGCUGACCCGCCGUCCUCCACGGCCGCACGGACGCUCACGCUCGUCGCCAAGUCUGUCCAGAACCUGGCAAACCUGGUGGAGUUCGGUGCCAAGGAACCCUACAUGGAAGGGGUUAAUCCUUUCAUCAAGAACAACAAGCACCGAAUGAUCAUGUUUUUAGAUGAACUGGGGAACGUCCCUGAUCUUCCAGACACUACAGAGCACUUUAGAACCGAUCUGUCCCGUGACCUCGCCGCCCUGCACGAGAUCUGUGUGAGCCACUCAGACGAGCUCCGCACCCUGAGCAACGACCGGGGAGCGCAGCAGCACGUCCUGAAAAAGCUCUUGGCAAUCACAGAGCUCCUCCAGCAGAAACAGGUUCACUAUGCCAUGUCCAACAGCAACAGAGUGGAGUGUACAAUUUUGUCUACUAUCCAGGUCAUGUGAGGGACUGCAGAGCUGCCAGGCAGGAAUAGAGAUCUGCAGAGCGAACAGCAGCGCGAGGCUCUCUGCCUCCUGUUACCUCCUGCUUCUGAUGCCACUGGACGCAGUGGAGGAACGCUUGUUGACCAAAAAUCAGCCCACAGACUCAUGCUCUUUUUACCAGGCAAUAUGCAAACCAGCUAACAAUGCCCUUGAAAACCUAAGAUGAAAACCUCUCUCUCUCUCCCUCUCCCUCUCCCUCUCCCUCCCUCCCUCCCCCCCCCCCCCUACAUAUAAUCUCUUUAUAUUACUGACCUCCUUGGUGCUGAAGAAAUGUUAAAGAUAUAGAGGUACCUAUCAUCCUUCCCUGAUAUCCGAUGGAAUUGCUGAUUGGAAUUAACACACACACAGUAUACAUUCAUAAAAGCGUCUCUGGUUUGAAAUGGUUGUGUUACAAAAAAUAUUGGAAAUGUAGCAGUAAGCCAAGCCUUAAGCCAGUUUUGUAUGCAUAACUGCAACAACAACAAAAAAAUCUCAGCUUCCUAUAGUAAGAACCAGUCACCUAAUCAAGUCACUUUUUUUACUUGAUAAAUGAGCAGUUUGUAACAUUUGUAAUGAUCACUCUUUUGAGUUCAAAAGUAGCAGUGCAUAUCACAGACACCUCUCUCUCAGCUAAGCAGAAUGGUGAUUUAUUAUUUUAACGUUAUAUUGAUGCAUUUAUCAUGUGCAUACAUGCAUAUAUACUGUGAUUUUUGAACAAUCAUUCAAGCCGAAGUCUUCCUGUUUUUUUGUUUUUGUUUUUGUUUUUUACUUUUUUGCCAUUUGUAUUCUCAAUUGGAGGCAUAAAAAUUAUGUCUACUGAGAAUAUAUGUCAAACCUAACUAUCCAAAAGUGUAAUCAGUGUUGAGUAGAUUACUUUGAUAAUGUAAUCAGAUAUUGAUUUCAAAUGAUUUAAAAUACAAUUAGUAACAUAAUCUGUUGGAUUACUGAAAAGGUGUAAUCUACAAUAAUUACUUUUGGAUUAUUUCCUGUUUUAUUCACCAAUUAAUUAAUGGGUUAGCAAAAUACAUUAGCUAAUGUUUCUGACAAGACUUUUCUUUGAAUGUGUAGCUAUAUUCACUUCACUCCUCAUUCUCCUUUGUAUGUGUACAUUUGUUGGGUGUGAUUGCAUGUGUGUGGUGUUAGUGUGUGUGUGUGUGUGCGUACAUUCUAUGUUGAAGUAAUCCAAAUGUAAUUGUAAUCUUUAGAAAAGUAACUGCAAUCAGAUUAUUCAUACUUUAAACAGCAUCUGGGUCUGAUUACAGUUAUUGCAUUUUUGUAAUCCAGAUUACAUGUAAUCUCUUUCUACCCAAUAAUUCAACUCCUGUGUGUAAUGCAACUCCUUUAAAGUAUACCCAAGCCAGUUAAUUAUGCUUCUCAAUGGCUUUACUGAAUGUUUGCAACCGAUUUAUUCUAAUGACUUGUAUAUGGUUACUAAAUUAUAGUCUACUAAAAUACAUUAAUAAACUGGGGGCAUUAAUAGAUACAAAGAAUAUACUGAAAUGUUUUAUUGUUGCAGUAACUGUUCUAAUAGAAGCUCACUUUCCCAUGAAGGGUAUACAAUCUGAAGACAAAUUCUUUAAAUUAACACUUUUUCUUUUUUUUUUUCCUUCACAUUUUUGAAAACAAUUUUGCAGUAACUCAACAGUCUACAGAAAAGUCUACCUUCUUUAAAAAUGAUGCAUGUUUAAUCUUUAUGAUGAUGACAUUUAUAGUAUGUCACUUGUAUACAGUAGAUGAAUUAUGUAGCAUGUCAGUGCCUGGCAUGUUUGACUUUUUAUAUCACCCUUUAGAAUCUGAUAAUACUUUUUGAUGUCAGGCUGAAUCUUAUAAUUUUCUAAGGAAAUUCAUAUGACCUUUACUUCAGCAUCGUGUCUGUUUUUUAACGGAACAACUGAGAGCACAGUUGGUGUUUAGAUGGAGCUUGUCUUAAGAAUGUAAUGUACAGCUGAAGCAGGUCCACGUUUAUUGUGGUAGGAUCAAAAUUUUCUUCUCAGAAUGACAAAAACACAGAAACCAAUGACUGUUUACCGUAUGCUUACCAUAUGUUUGCACUGUAUAGAUAACAAGGAAUUUCAUUAAAACAUUUUUUACAAUA